AUGGAUUACAAAAUCAUUAAGCAAAUCUUUUAAGAGCUACAGGAGAUGGGGGACAAAAAUCUUAAAAUUAAAUAGGAGCUUUUAGAAGUGAUAGAUACCAAUAAAAAUGAAUAUUUUAAGAAAAUGAAGAAAUUCGAAAAUCUACUAUAAAAAAUAUCAUAAGAUUAGCAGCACAUCAAAGAUAUCUAUGAUAGUGAUAAUGAUAAAGAAAUCAUAAAUAUGAUUAUCAAGGGAGAGGCUCAUGCUAAAAAUUUUAUGGAAUUGGUGGAAAAUAAUUUGAAUGUUUAGAAACUGGAUUUAAGUAAAAUAUUUAGACCAGACGAGAGUUUAGUUUAUGAAGAAUUGGACCAAGAUAAAUUACAGGAAAACUUAAGCAAAUACUCGCCACAAUAGAGAAAUGCUAUUCUGGUACACACUUCUGAAGAGUACGACCUAAAGUUAAAGUUUCAAGAAUUUUUAGCAGAUCUCACUGAUAGUUUGAAUGAACCUCUCGAUUUAAACUUAAGACCAAUUAGAGAACUAUGCUUAGGUAUUUAAAAUAUUCCCAAAUUGGCUCUAAAUUAAUUCAACUAAUCAAAAAUAUUCUUUUACUAACCAGAUGUUACACCAAUAGUACAAAUUGAUAGAGAUUACUCUAAAUAAUAAGAUGGCUUGAUCAUGCUUAAAGACAUUGAUGAAGAUAUUGAAAUUUAGAAAGAAUAACAAAAACAAUUAUCAUCUAUAGCAAAGAAAUAGCCUCAAAAUCAAUCAUUUUCUGAAAGCAAGAGAAAAGAAAUUCAUUUUAAUUUUGAGCCUAUUUGCAGGAGCAUUUUUAUGCACAUCAAUAAUAAAAUGCCUUACCUUAAUUAUCUUAAUGACACAACUAAAUAGGCGCUUUUCGUAAAAAUACCUAAAAGGACACCAGUAAAACUCAACGAAAAUGAUGCAAUAUACUUUAGUAGCGAUUACUUCGAAUGCUUUGUAGUGAGUAAAAUUGAAAAUGGACCAAUCGAUUACACAGCUUUAAGAUUGGAAAAUGAAAUUAACCCUAGAGUCUGUCCAUCAUCAGAUCAAUAAGGCAAGAAUUCUGAGAUUAGAAUGGAGAGUAUAGUUGACAGUAUAACUAAAGUCGAAAAAUAUAAUUAGAUUGCGGAGAAGCCAUUUAUUGAUCUUGAUUUUAAAGGUUAAGAAGCUGAAAACAAGUUAAUAAAUAUAAAAAGUCCAAAUUACAUUCAUUUAACUCAGAAAACAAUUCUUGUAGGUCGAGACAGAGGGGAAUCUAAUCCCAACAUGUCAGAUGAUAAGAUUAUAUUCUCAAAAAAUAUGAAAUAAAUUAGUUCAAAAUAGGCAAUAAUCUAAUUCUACGAGGGCAAGGGAUGGUAUUUAAUUGAUCCUAGUUCAUCAAUGGGAACUUAUUUCUAUGUAAAGAGUUUCAAAAAUAUUGGAAAGGCAAAUGAAAUCAGCUAAAAUUUUAGGUUAAUUAAUGGCAUGGAAAUACAUUAAAAAGGAUAUAGCUUCUCUGUUAAUUUGAGAUACUGA